AUUAACAGUGUUCAUGUAUUUGAUAAAAUUUAAAUACUUUAAAUUAAUUUUGUUUAAUUUACUGAUGGCUUCUUAUCAAUCAGAAAUUUAAUUAUUUGGUCUUCUACAAAGAAUAUUGGUUAUGUUUUUAUGAAUUUAAUACCAUUUACCUACUUAUUUUGAUAAAGAUCAAAUAAUAAAAAUAAAGAGAAAUCAAGAAAUUUUAAAACAUAAAAGAAAGAAAGAAAAAUGGUUCUUAAAAAAAUACUUAUAUGUAUAUCAAUACUAUUGAUAUUAGUUCAUUCGUAAACUUUGCACAAUAAGAAGACUAUGUAUAAACUCUUGUCUUCUAGUAAUGUUGAAGAGGCUAUGUAAGAAUUGUGUCCUUUUCCUGGUUAUUACGGAAGUUAUUGUCCAUAAGAUAUACCUGCUGCUUAUAAAAGAUAACUCUAACAAAGUAUCCCCAAUAUGCCAGCAGGAGUAGGCGCUUCCUUUGAUGUUUCAACAGGAGAACUUAAACUACCUGUUAUUUAGCUUACAUAUUCCUAAGAGCCAAAUUAGCAAUAAAUUUACACUGACCCUCUUUCUAACAAUUAAUUUGUUGUUGCAGAUGAGACUGAUGUAUUUUAGUUUGAUUCUCGUGAUGAUAUUCAAAUUUUUAAAAAUGAAUUUGAACUUACUAAAAUUUGGCUUGAUGCUACUAAGGAUGGUUAAUGGCUUGGAGGUUAAUACAGCUCAUCCAAAGAUUUAAUUGAUGUUUUCGAAAGAUUCUUCAGAGGAAAUCAACAUACUUCUAUUGCUUAAUUACCAAAAAAUGUAGUCAGAAUAUCAUUCAAGACAGAACAUAAUUUGAAGCUCAAUAGAUUCGCUUAGAGAGCUAUUGAUUCUUUACCAGAAGACUAUCAAGAAGAUAUCUACAAUGAAUUCUUAAAUGCUUGGGGUACUCAUAUUGCUGUGGAUACUUUAAUUGGUGGAAUGAUUGAAAAACAAACUAUCUUUAAAGACUGCGUAUUUUUCACUCCUUAAUUCUCUGGAGGUAUUUCAGAUGAGCAAGUAAUCCAAGCUUUGCGUAACGAAUUACAUGGAAAUGAAGCUGAAGGUUUCUUCACUGCAAGAAGAUAAGUUACUUUGGACCAUAAGUUUGGAGGAAAUCCAGAAGACAGUGCAAACUGGGAGUAAACAAUUAGUAAAAAUCCUGCUUUAUUAAAGAUAAAUAGAUUCUUAUCUUGGGAAUACUUGACUAAAAAUCCCUAAGUAAGUGCAAAUCUUUCGUAAGCUAUAAUAAGGAGAAUAGAUACGAUGAGAUAGAGAUAAGAAAGCUACUAAGCUCAAGUAAGAGAAUAAAGAAGACUUGAAAGGGUAGGACCUAGAACUGCAUGGGCUAUUUAAGGAAAUGGUUAAUGCCACAAUCUUGGUCCAAGCUUUUAAAUAAGAAGACAAUUCUAAUUAUAAGCUGCUGAGGUCUGUUUAAUUAGCACUGAUGCUAAUUGGUAAUAAUGUACAUCUGGUCCUUAAAAUACGUAUGAUGAAUUUAUGAAUGAAGUGAGAUACGAAAGAGAUUAAGAAGGAAGGUACAGAGCAAUUAUGCAUAAUCCUGUAGCUGAGUUUCCAGGAGGUUAAAACGAACUUGAUGGUUCUUUUGUAGAUAGAGGAUGCUCUAUUGCUUAGCAUUAUAGAGAUGCUGCGUAUAGUAGUUUAGACUAAACUCCUCCAAACGAGACAUACAUUAAAAUGGUUUGUACUGAUUGUCAUCCUGAUAUUUAUAACACUCCAUCUGGUAUUAUUUUCUAAUGCAGUUGUCCUACAUUUUGA